AUGGGCAGGAUGAUCAGCUUGGAUGGUUCUAAUUAUCAUAUUUGGAAAAGUAAGAUGGAAGAUCUCCUUUAUGUGAAGGAGCUUUAUGUUCCAGUUUUCGAGGAGAAGAAACCUGAGGAUAAAACUGAAGAUCAGUGGAAGUUGCUACAUCGCCAAAUGUGUGGUUUGAUGAGACAAUGGGUAGAUGAUAAUGUGAGGAAUCCUAUUGAAAAUGAGAUUGAUGCUCGUUCUUUGUGGUUGAAGCUAGAGCAGUUGUUUGCUCGGAAGACCGGGAAUAAUAAGAUGGAUUGCUCAAUAAACUAUCUGAUAUGGGAAUUAAGUUUGAGGAUGAGAUUCACGGAGGUGUUCACGAUGUCUUUUUGUAACUCCGCGUUGAAUGGUGUGAUUUCGAUGGAUUUAGUGAAGAACAGUGUCUUGAAUGAGGAAGUGGGGAAGUCUAGUCCUAGUUUCUCGCGUUAA